AUGGCAUCAGGUGACCCGGGUCCUGAGUCACCGUGUACUCUUCCAUCAAGGAGCGAUUCCGAGCUGGGCCAGCGUCCUGCAGAGUCGCCGUGCACACCUGCGUCCGAGAGUGGUUGCGAGACGGAGCAGAGCGGUUCGCACACGUCUGCCGCGGGUUCCACUGCAGAGAUAUCCACUUUUCGGAGGCUGCGCAAGCUGCAAAAGGAUUACGCCCAGCUGCAAAGCCGCUACGAGCAACUGGAGAAGCAUUCUGCCGAUCAAGAGAAGCAGCUUUCUCAAAACGAGGCCUUCAUUGCGUAUCUGUCGGCACGCAACAUGGCGCUGCACUGCUCCGUCAAUGAGCUGCAACAGAAGCUGGGGAUCCAGGCUAAUUUAGAUGAGGCCGAGGAGGCAAAGCAAGGGCUUAAGCGUCGAGAGGAUGAGGCGAACGCUGCUUUGAAGGAGAUCGAGUCCGUUCAGGAUGACAUGGCUUUGCGCGCAGAGUGGCUGGGAGCAUCGGAGGCGGAUCUGCAGAGGCGAAAGGAGGCCUUCGCGCAGCAGGCCCGGGAAGCUGCCAGCUCAUCUCAGAAUCAGGCAGAGAGGCUGCAGAAGAUGAGGAGGCAGAAGAACGAGCGCGAGGCCAAACGCAAGGCGAGGGCUGAGCUGUGUUCGCUGGUUCGCUCCUGCAAGGGUGUGCUGGUAAUCAGAAGUGCCUCUUCGACUCGAGACAGCUGA